AGAGAGAGAAGCAGCUCCCUUACUCUGAGAAAGCAGCCAGCUGAUCACACAAGAGGCAGAAUGAAAGCCUUCCUCCUCACCAUUGCUGCAGUGCAGAUUCUCCACUGCUCAGGAAUACCAAGCCCUAAAGAUGCUCUGAGAGUGUCUGUUCUAAAACUGAACCAAAUUACUGAGACCAGCAAUCUGUGUGGGAUAACCAGGAGACGAGUGAAAGAUAUUCAACGCACUGGAAAAUUGUCAUACAACGUGGAUUUAACAUUCUCUGUGAAAGAAACCGUCUGCUCCAAGAAUUCUGGACUGGAAUUUGAUGAUCCCAGUUGUUACUUCCAUCCCAAAAAGACUGCGGAGAAAGGUUUGUGUAAAAGUCGUGUUGAAUACUUUGCUGAUGAGGUUGUUGAUGUUGCUGUGGAGUGUCAGGGGUUGAAGACGUUUGAUAGCAACAGUGACAUUUCAGAGUCGAGUGAAAACAGCAUUGAGGUCAAAACUAAGUCAAAGGAGAUACCAAAUGAGGAUUCAAUUAAUGAGGAAAGCAAGUCAACCGAAUCAUCGCUGGAGGAGUCUCCUGAUGUGAAAAGCAAGUCAACAGAAACAUCCCUUGAGGACUCUCCCAAUGUGAACAGCCAGUCAACAGAAACAUCAUUUGAAGAUUCUCUAAAUAUGAGGAGCAAAUCAACAGAAACAUCAGUGGAGGAUUCUCCAGAUUUGAACAGCAAGUCAACAGAAACGUCGUUCGAUGUGUCAUCAAAUGAACAAAAUGAUGAUUCAAGAUCUUAA